AAUAGCCGCAGCGGCCAACAACAAACCCGAGUCACAUGAUAUCCCGAGAAAAUCACAUGAACAACGUCAUCCCGCCCUUCGAGAUCCUUUGACGGCCAGCUCCGAGAUCCAUGUGUGAUUGAUGUAUAUAAGUAAACACUCCCGCUGCUCUUCAAUUCAUUACUCUCUUUUCUCCUUUUAUACAUUCCCUACUGACUACGUAAGUCUAUUAACAAAAGAUAGAAUAAAAACAAUAAUACUAGCAAAUUUUAAAUCCCAAGCUCCAAACCAUGCCUUGCCUCCCCGCAAUCUCCACCAUCCCCUACCUCCCCAAAGCCACCCAAACACAAAUACUCGACACCCUCUUCGAGUCCUCUACAGACCUGCACACGCUGGCCCUCCCCCUCCUCGCCCACCAAACAUUCUCUUCCUAUCAGUCCCUCAUCAGCGCCAUCGGCGCACGCAUGAUGGCGCUCUCCGCUGCAAAUUCUUCGAAGGACAGAGAAGUCCUGCAUGGGAUUUUAGGCGCACAUCCGCGCCUAGGGGAGAAGAAGCAGGAGAAUCUGAGCGAAUUGAGUCGACAGGAGCAGGCGGGGUUGAAUGCGAGUAAGGGGGAAGGGGAGGGGCAGGACGAGAGUGUUAAUAAGAGAAGAGAGGAAGAGGCGGCGGACUUGAAGAAGUUGAAUAGUGUGUAUGAAGAGAAAUAUCCGGGGCUGAGAUAUGUUGUAUUCGUAAACGGACGUAGUAGAGAUGUUAUAAUGCAGGAUAUGCGACGGCGAAUUGAGAGGGGCGAUGUGGAAAAGGAGAAGGAGGAUAUUAUACAGGCAAUGUGCGAUAUAGCUAUUGAUCGAGCACAGAAGCUUCAGGGGCAAAAUGAGGGCAGUAUAUGUGCAUAUGAACAAAGCUCUGCUUGAAAUGCAUCGAGUUGCAAAGCUAUUAGUAGUCUUAAAAAAUAAUGAAAAAAUUUCAUUUUCCCACUUUACGACAAUUUUGAUCCCAACCCUUGUUUUCUCCUUUUCCAACUUUGCCAUUUCCCCUUCAACAUAGUUUGGAGCUAUAUAAUGGCGGAACGUAUUCAACUUAAUUUCAAGACCCAGGAUUGCUUUUGCUGCUGGUCAAAUGAACACACUUAUAACUAGUCACUUGAUUAAGAUAAACACGAAAUGCGAAAUAGAUUCCAUAGCUCGAUAAGUAUAGAUAUAAGUGAGAAUCGAGACAGUGUGACAAGGUGAA